GACUCGCGCGAGUAUGCCACCUGGAGCCAACGUCGUGGAUCAAGUAAAAACAGGGUGGCGAACAUAUGGUGGCUGUGACGCAUGUGUAAAUAUCAAACCCUUUCAGACGGGUCCGCAUCAGGAGGUCCGAUGCCCUGAGGACCCUCCCAGUCAUGAAAGUCAGAGGGGAUAUUUAACGUUCACAAGCACCACUAAAUUCCUCCCAGAGCAUUCGUUUUUCUCUCUAACCCGCCAAUAUCUUGGACGGUAACUUCACCUCAAAUUAUGUCGGACUUAAAUUGCGGUUCCGGUGGAGGCGCGACCACAUAUCCACAGUUGCGUGUAGCAUCGGUCUUCAUCAUCCUCAUCGGAUCGACUACCGGCGCACUUUUUCCAGUUCUUGCUAAACGGACAAACUGGCUUCAUGUUCCCAAACCCGUCUUCGACUUUGCCAAGUUCUUCGGUUCUGGUGUCAUCAUAGCUACAGCUUUUAUUCACCUCCUUAGCCCCGCUAUCAGUGAGCUUGGAUCUCCAUGCUUGUCACCGGCUUGGCAGCAGUAUCCCUAUCCGCUUGCAUUAGCUAUGCUUAGCAUAUUUUCGAUUUUUAUUGUUGAACUGGUGGCCUUCAGGUGGGGUACGUCCAAACUGGCUGCCCUCGGCGUAAAGCACGACGCACAUGGUCACGGUCUCGGCGCGCACGCUGCACAUGGACCUGAAGGAGGAAGCUUGCCGGAUAGUGACUCACACUCUGAGAAGAUCCAUGAGGAUUUAGAAUCUGCCCACGAUCAUACGCGCCUGGAUCUUGGUGCUGCAGGGCAGAUCAUCGGUGUGUUCAUCCUAGAAUUUGGCGUAUUGUUGCAUAGUAUACUCAUUGGUCUGACGCUGGCGGUUGAUCCGAGCUUCAAAAUAUUGUUUGUUGUCAUCAUAUUUCACCAAACCUUUGAGGGCCUUGGAAUUGGUACUCGUCUUGCUCACUUACAGGUUCCCCCGAAGUACAAUUAUGUAGCCAUCUGUGCCGCGCUUUUGUACGGAAUCACCACACCAUUAGGCAUUGCAGUUGGGCUUGGAGUUAAAAGCACGUACAACCCAGGCAGUACAACCGCCUCCAUCGUGAGUGGAGUGCUCGACUCGCUGAGUGCAGGUAUCCUGUUGUAUACUGGUCUUGUUGAGCUUCUUGCUCACGAGUUUAUCUUCAAUAAAGAAAUGAUCACCGGGUCUAACGGACGCGUUGCCUAUGCCAUCUCAUGCAUGCUCUUUGGAUGUGGGAUAAUGGCGCUCCUGGGGCGUUGGGCAUAAUGAAUAUCAAUAUGUUGUGACCAUCUAGUGUACCAUUGGAGAUCUUACUGGUUUACAGUUGUAUUGCCCCGGAAGCUAUUUUUAAUGCAUGGCGGACAGUUUCAG